CUUUACGCCCAGCCCGCCGUUUCGACCAGCCUCGGGGUGCGACAGGGAGAAGCUGCUGAUAAGGAAAAGGAAUUGAGGAAGGGGAAUCCGUAGCCAUUUUGGCGCAAGGAUUUCUAGCUGUUUUGCACCAAGCAGCCCCCCGCCCGAGCGACCAUCUCCCCCCACCUCCCAGCACGCACUCGAUCAUCAGCCAUGCCUUGCACGGUGACGUCCCUCCCCGCCGACAAGCCCAAGAUCGUGGCCUACGCCGCGAUGAUGGCCAUUCAGAACUUCGGCUUCUUCGUGGCGUACUUUCAGAUCUACCCUUCGAUUCCCAAACUCAAUUGGGGCGCCGACGAACCCGAUGACUGCGACGACCUGCGCUUCUGGGUUGGUUUCUUCGCGCUCGACUGCUUCAUCGAGUCCUUCUGCUGCAUCUGGAUGGCGAUGGGGGGCUAUACCGACGACAAGUGCAUGUUCACAUUCGGCUGGAUCCUGCACCUUGUCGUCGCGCUGCCCUACUGCAUCUCCACCGUCGGCAUCCCCGUCGCCAUGUACUCUGAACAAGGCGAGAUGUGUCGCGAGGCAAUGGGCACCACGGGGUACCCGCUCGUGGCCGCGUACUGGACGCACUGUGGCCUCUUCAUGGUAUACGUGUGGAUGAUGCUCAGCAUCACCUACUUCUCGUUCCUCAAGCCGAGCUUCCGGAUGGAGAAGGCCUCCGCGGCCGUCCAGGACUGAGCGAACGGCGGUCCCGCCAGCCUCUUGGCCCCAUCUUCUCGGGGGGCGAGCACCGAGUAUCCAAACAAGUUAGAGGAGAGGGGGGGGGAAGCAGGAUGUUCCGCGAAUGUGCGGGGCCCGCCUCGACUGGAGCCUUUUGCUCCGCUUGGGGCGAGGCCGUCCUCAGAGUGCGUUGUGCUGCCGUCGCGGCGACUGCCCGCCGCGGUUUCCCGCCGGGUCACGCUGUGCGCCGUGUCGCGUCGGACGUCUGGGUCGGAGCUCGGACGGCGUCGUCGACGGUGGAGGAGAGAGAGGAGAGGGACGAAGAGAGCUUGUCUGGUCUCGGGGACGGCCGCACUGCCGCCCCCCAAACGUUUGUUCGCCGGCCGAGUGCAGCCGGCGCGGCUUGGCCGUUUGGCCGCUCCAGCUCGGGACGAAGCACCCCACUCGUGGGCAGCUCUCUUGCGCUCGGCCGUCCGCGCGGCGGCGGCAGCCUUCCGCGCCUUCUGGGCGCCGCGGCGGCCCUGCGUGGAGGACGGUGCACCGCAGUCAAAAAAUAGUCUGGGGACGAUUUGUCUACCAUUUCUGAUGCUUUUGUCGGUGCUUUUUCUUUGUAUUUUUGUCAGUUGUCGCCCAAACUCCGCCUGUAGGGGGACAUGCCCGACCUAAGUCCAAUUCUGCCUGGCCCCGGAG